CUCAUUCAAGAACUCAAUAAAAUUUUUAUUCAUCAGCAUAUUGGAUUUUGUAACAAGAGUCUUUUACUCUGAUGAUCAUCUAAAGAAGAAGAAGUACUAGCCGAGUGAAUUACAUGCAUCAUGUUUGUUGGGGCAUGGUGUAUGGUAUUUGGGUCCUUCACCAGCAGAGUAACAGACAACUCUCUCUCUUCUCUCUCCCUAGUACUCUGUAUUCACGCAGAGUAAGGUAGGCAGGUCUUUUGUCAUGAUGCUAUAGCUAGAAACCAACAAUAGUGAUCGCACUAGCACAACAUAUUGACACCAGUUAAAUGCUUCGGUGUUUCAUAUCUGCUAGCCUCGCAUGUGGUUUAAGUUUCGGAUAAAAUAAGUGAUCUUUCAGCUGUCAUGGUUGCAACAACGACAAAUAUUACUCGCAGUUCAGCGUAGAACCACCACGGCCAGAUUUAAUCUCUUCUCUUUCCUUUUUCUAGCUAGCUAUGGAAAUUUCAUGUCAUCAGGACUACUGUUACCAUUCAAAUUAAGGUUUUUUCAUCACUGAAAGGAUUUUCUGUUAAUGAUGUAUGAUUGAUCCUGUGUCUAAUUGGUCCAGGACCGACCAUGCUAGCUGUGGAUGAUCUCGGGUCUCAAGUGCCGUUUUAGCCUCAGCCAUAGCCAUAAUAUUGCUGGUAUUUUCUUUUAUCUGGUUCCUCGAAAACUUAAUAUUUCACUCCCCGCCUUAAUCUGUGUUUGUUGUCAGUUCAUUAAUUUAAAAAUACGAUUCUAUGCAUCAAUGUACAUUUUUCUUAAUAGAGGUACUGAAAACCAGAAAUCUUAUCUUGUAUUGUUUACUUCACUGUCCUGUUUAAUUCAACAGAAUAUUGUUGACUGUUUCUUGAGUUCACCAUGUUUUUUUAACACCACUUGACAUAUCAACAACUUGGCGUGCAAGAAAUUCAUUCCACCUUUGCUGCAAGUAUAGUCUCUUAGUAGUUUCGGCCAUUACUUAAAAUGUGAAGGAUUCGAUCUUUAUUAUUUCUGAAAGUCAAGGUUCUUGUUCAAACUAGACUAGUUCAAUGUUAUCUGCUCUACAGACUACAUUUCCCUUGUUCAGUUGCAGAGUGUGAAUUUGGAAUAAAGAGCAGCAAGUCAUGUAGAGAAAUGAAACAAAGAAAUCAUAUAUUUUCCACAGACUAGUAUUGGGAAGCAGAAAAGAUGGAUUCAAGAAAAUCUGUUAGAAAUCUUGCUGAAUCCCUUCAUUCCCUACUAGGGAUAAAGGCAAAUCUAACUUCCAACUGGGUUAAAUCAGUUUGUGAUAUAAUAAAAACCCUUCCAUCUGAAAAAUCAGUUGACAUGCAGCCAACCAACUCUGAUAUUAAUGAUGAUGAUGAAGAUGACGACAACUGCAGUGCAAUUUCAAAAAUAAAAGAUGAGCUUACUGUCUUGACUAACCACAUAAACGAAUUGAACAUAAAGAGGAGGCAAAUCCUAAACGAGUUCCUGGACUUGAAAGGGAACAUCCGUGUAUUUUGUAGAAUAAGACCUAUCACAUCUGGGGAGAAUUGUGGUCAUUUAAGACCAGUCGUAGCAUCGGAUUCAAAUGAAGUUGUUCUAAGGCUUACGGACAGUAAGAGCAAGAGUUACAAUUUUGACAAGGUUCUCCACCCAGGUUCAUCCCAAGAUGAAGUUUUUACAGAAGUUGAACCCAUCAUCAAAUCAGUCCUUGAUGGCUACAAUGCCUGCAUUUUUGCAUAUGGGCAAACGGGCACAGGAAAAACUUUCACAAUGGAAGGUGAUGAAGACACUCCCGGCAUAGUGCCAAGGGCCAUGGAGGCUCUAUUUAAACAAGCAGUAGACAGUGACCAUGCAUUUCUCAUCAGUUUCAGCAUGCUCGAGAUAUACAUGGGAAAUCUUAAGGACUUGCUUGUCCCCAAACCAACAAAAGCAACAGAUCCUAUGCCACCUUGCCUUUCAAUACAAACAGAUCCAACGGGAGGAGUCGAAAUCGACAACCUUGUGGCCAUUAAAGUGAACGACUUCAACCAAGCUCUGAGGCUGUACAGAUUGGGCUGCCGUUUCAGAUCAACUGCCUCAACAAAUUCCAACCUGACAUCUAGCCGAUCUCACUGCAUGAUACGGGUAGCAAUAACGUGCUUCAAUGCUCCUCAAAGGCGAAGGGAAACAAAUAAAAUAUGGUUAGUUGAUCUCGGGGGAAGCGAGCGUGUACUGAAGACAAAGGCAUGGGGCAAAAGACUCAAUGAAGGAAAAGCCAUUAAUUUGUCACUCUCUGCCCUUGGGAAUGUGAUUAGUGCCCUCCAAAGGAAAAGGCAUCACAUACCUUACAGGAAUAGCAAGCUGACACAAGUUCUCAAAGAUUCUCUAGGUAAUGAUUCAAAAACAAUAAUGCUGGUCCAUGUCAGUCCCAAAGAAGAAGAUUUGUGUGAGACCAUAUGUUCUUUAAAUUUUGCAACAAGGGUGAAAGGUGUUCACCUAAGAAAUGAGGGUACAAUUGAAGCAAAAGAGAAGAAGGAAGUUGCAAUAGCAAACCUGCAGCAAAAGAUGAAACAUAUUGAAGAUGAGUGGCUGCUUGCUAGAAGUGACAUUGAAAUAUUAAACAAGAAAUUAGAAAAUCUAACAGGGACAAGUACAUCAUCUGAGGAGCAAAUGGAGGCAUACCAUUCUUCUAUAGAAGAACCACUUACAAAGACCAGGAUAGUAGAUAUUACAGCGAGUCCUUUAUCAAAGUUACCAAGAUUUAUGAGGCCUACCAUUUGCAGCCAAAGAAAAUCUGGGACGAGGUAUGAAACUUCUGAAGGAAGAGAUGGCACAGUCCUUGCAAGAAGGAGAAGACCAACAUUUCAUCGUGCAGAGUCUGUUAGUUUACCUGUAAAGGAUCAUUCAGAAAACAAUUCAGACCACAGUUUUUCCAGAUCUAGCUGUUUGGCAGGGUUGAACAUGAAAGAUAGUACUGAUGAUGCAACAGAAUACAGCCAAGACACAACUGAAACUGGUUUCAAAUUUAAUGGUCUCCAAGAACAAGAAAAAGAACCAAGGAAUUUGAUUAGUCAAAAGGCAGGCAUCAGUCACAUUCAGAAAAAUAGCAGUAGACAGAUGACCAAAAUCAACUGUGUCAAAUUUUCUAAGAUUGAUAGCUGGCUACAUCUACAGAAAAGUGAAUCCACUCUAAGUGGUUGCACUCAAAGGAAAAAACGGGUUUUGGCUGUUCCUAUUCCUGAGAAGAAACAUAAGAGUACAGUAGAGAGCAAAGCAGACAAUUUUUUCGACGAGGAUGUGCAUGACUAUGCAUAUGCAAAGCAAGUUGUCAACCGUGAUAAAAUAAAUGAUCUAGCAACCACAGGGGCAGUUGGAAAGCCUGUAGUAGAAGCGGUCAUGGAAAACCCACUGAAAAUGUUAAAAGAUCUAUUUAAUGAGGACUCAAGAUCAGAUGUCACUUCUCCAUUACAGACAACCUGGGGGGAAACAAUGGUACAAAAACUACAGCUUUCUGUGGGCGAUGUAUUAGCAGGGGAUGGUGAAUACGACACUUUUUCCCCACAAGAUGGGUGUUUUCCUAGUCUUGAAGAAUGUGAGGAUGGCAACAGGGUCAAUGAUAUGUCAACUACAAAGGCACCAGAAGGCAAAAUACAAUGUUCAGACUAUUUCCUGCUAAAGAUCAGUGGGCGCAGUAAAUGCUGUCCAUCUGAAUUAUAUACUACUUCCGUUUGUUCAAAAAGGGAUUCUGGUGUCUUUGCCAUGUUAGAACUGGAAUCAUGCUGUCAGCAAGCACCCACUGAAUCAAAUAUGGAAGACAGUGAAAGGCAAGGCUUUUACUCCUUUCAGUCGCUGGCAAAAGAGACAAGACAUGGCCUCCUUCAGUUGAACUCAGCUUUAUUUAUGAACAGUGAAAAUCAUGAGAACUUAGCUGUGACAUUUGGUAAACCAGAAGGAAAAUUACAGAACACAGGAAUAUGCCAUGUUGUUAAACAGAAAAUUGAGAUUUUAUGCUCCAGUGCUCUUCUAGGAUUGGGGCUUUAUGACCUGGGAUUCGACCACGAUUUCUUCUACGGUUUAAUGCUUUGAAGCACCUCCAGCGGAUAUGUGUAUCUAUACAUUUGCCUUUCUGUCUGUAUACAAUAUGCUCAUUUCACCUUUAUUAUCCCUACAACAUUGGGAUAUGUUAGAGCCAUUUUGCAACAAGUAUCCUUAUGUUGUAAGACCUCUGUAAUUUUAUUUUUCUUCUAUAUAAUUAUAUUAACUGUCUUGUUCAAUUUUCUGAACGAGGACUCACAAAAUGUACUGGCAGUAUUCGAUAACUAGAACUACAUAGAAUCUUGGGGGAA